ACUCGUUGACUGCAUUUUGAAGAGUUCAAAUAUGCAUAAAUACUUUUUGUAGCUGUUAAAUUAGGACUUUGGUGUCGAUUCAUAAAUUAUGGAUCUCUGUACUAUUUGGAAGUUGACCAGAGUGACUUGUCGCCUUGUCGGGGUUAUUUCUUACUGGCAUGACAGAAAGCAUUCAGGGAGUCGUUACAGAUGUCCAUGAAGACUCACUUACAGUUGUCUUUGAAAAUAACUGGCAGCCUCAGCGACAGGUUCCUUUCUGCGAUGUACGACUACCGCCCCCUUCCGGUGGCAAAAGGAACAUCGGGGAAAGUGACCAGGUGGAGAUUUUCUCAAGAGCCAAUGAGCAGGAGCCUUGUGGCUGGUGGUUGGCUAAAGUACGCAUGAUAAAAGGCGAUUUUUACGUUAUUGAAUACGCUGCCUGCGAUGCCACCUACAACGAAAUCGUCACAUUUGAUCGGCUCCGGCCCAUAAACCUGAACGGGGCUGUGAUGAAGGGCACCUUCUUAAAAUGUUUGGUUCCGGUCCCCGAUGACUUAAAGGCAGCAUGUGAAGAUGAGCUUGUGCAUAAAGACUUCAAAAAGGCAGUGGGAGCGUGUAAGAUCUUCUACAGUGCAGAAAUUAAGAGUUUGGUUGUACUGUCCAGAAAUGAAAGCACAGAGAAGCGUGUUUCUUUACUGAGUGACAUGCACCUCCGAGGUAUUCGUACAAAGUCACUGCUUGUGUCUAGAAAUGAAGAGGCAACAAAACACUUGGAGAACACAAAGCAGCUUGUGGCAGCUUUCCAAGAGGAAUUCGUCAUCAAGGAGGACUUGAUGGGCCUGGCCAUCGGCAGCCACGGCAGUAACAUCCAGCAGGCUAGGAAAAUGCCUGGGGUAACGGCCAUCGAGCUGGAUGAGGCGAGCAGAACCUUCAGGAUCUACGGGGAGAGCACAGAGGCAGUACGGAAGGCGAGGGGAUUGCUUGAGUUUGUUGAAGAUUCAGUUCAAAUCCCAAGGAAUUUAGUUGGUAAGGUCAUUGGCAAAAAUGGGAAGGUCAUCCAGGAACUUGUAGAUAAGUCUGGUGUGGUUCGAGUGCGGAUUGAAGGAGACAAUGACGGCAAAUUCCCUCGACAAGAAAUACAGGGAAUGGUUCCUUUCACCUUUGUGGGCACAAAGGAGAGCAUUGGGAACAUCCAGGUCCUGCUGGAAUAUCACAUUUCGUACCUUAACGAAGUGGAGCAGCUGAGGCUGGAGAGGCUGAGGAUCGAGGAGCAGCUACGGCACAUGGGUGUGGGCUGCAGGCCGGCUCCAGGGCGAUCCAGCAACAGGGGCUAUGCCACAGCGGAGAGUGGCUCUUCCCAGCGAGCAAACCGCCCCUAUGGAGCCCGGGGCCGGGGCCGCCGGGGCCCAAACCCUGCCUCUGGAUACGGGAUGAAAUCUGAGCAGUACAACACCUCCGAGACAGAUUCAGAGAGGAAGGGAGAGCUGAGUGACGGAUCUGCAGGGGGGGAUGGCCGGGGGCGGGACAGCCGGAAGGGGCUCACACCAGCCCGUGGACGAGGAGGCCCUGGGGGACGGGGGCGUGGCACUGGGAGAGGAGCGACCGGUGCCUCGAUCGGCUCUGUGCUGAAAGAUCCAGACAGCAACCCAUACAGUGUCCUUGACAAUGAGAUGGAUCCGAGCACUGACAACGAUGGCAGCGACCCCCACCCGAGCGCCGGCAAGCGUCGUCGCUCCCGACGUCGACGGACGGAUGAGGAACCCACGCUAGUCGAUGUCAUGAGCGAAUCGGAUGCCUCGGCACACAAUGGGAGCGGCACUGCAGCCAUUGCAGACUGCGUACCCGAGCCGGAGCUUCAGGAAACGCAGCUAAGCUCAAAGGGGAGGAACAACAAAAAUGAGCAGGGGGAUUUCUUGGAGGAAGAUCCUGUGUUCGUGACUGGCAGCAGUGCCGGUGAUGCGUCCCGUGACGAUCCGGGAAAAGCGGCAUGCGCUCUCGCCGAGCCAGUGACGAAAAAUGGUCACCAGAGUGACGGGGACCAGCUGAAUGUGCCCAACGGGGUUUCUUAAGCGAUUCUGGUUUAUACCCUGUUUUACAGCAGUACUCAUGUAGGCUCGCCAAAGAUGACUGCCAGAUUUUUUUUUUUUAUACCGCACUUUUGAGUUCCAUUAUAAUGGGACAAAAUAAGAUAUAGCCUGAGGAAAAACAUUAAAAUAGAAAAUAUUUUGUGCCUUCUAAAAGCAAUUUCAGCACACAUAUUUGCUGAUUUAGAUAACUUGUGUUGGGUAAUGCUGGGAUUACUGACAUCGAUAGCACCCAUUAGGAAGAAUGUUAACUGCUUUUCUCACUUUUUUUAUAUGCAACCACUUUGUAAAAGAUUUCUGGAAGCUCAUUGUAGGGUGGGUUAUGUUUUUUUGUUUUGUUUUUUUGCACUGGAGCCUAGGUGGAAUUCUGUUAUGCUCACUUUUGGUCCAAUUCACUGUUUUGUUGGCGUCUGUUUCACAGAAACGAGCAGUGACUGUCUUGUGAAAGGGACUUUAUUUAUUUUAGAUUGUACAGUAUUUAAAACAAAAAAAAAAAACUGGCAGAAAAUGUUUUCAAUGCAAAUGUAAUCUGAACUACUGACCAGGCCAUUUCCAUAGUUUGCUGUAUAUUUUUCUUUGUGCAGUAUGUUUUGUAUGCAGGUAAGUUCAAUAAAUGCUUUUUGGGUUUUUUUCCUCUUCAA